AAGAUGGCGCCUCCGCUUCCGGGUUUUGGGCUCUUGCUGUCGCUGGGCGGGCGGUCUAUGGCAGCCGAGGAAGCCACUCCAGGCAGCCAGGAAGAAGAGGACAGCGCUUUGGACCUGCCAUCCAUGUGUGAUAUAAGAGAUUAUGUGCUGCAGAGACCCAGCCCAGAGGCCAACAGCGAGGCUCUCAGUUCUGGAGAAUUCCAUUCUUUUCCUUGCUCUUCUGAUGUGGAUCCAGAGACCAGUAACAUAAAUACUGAACAAAAUGACUCCUGGGCCUCUGAGAACUUCUGGCUUGACCCUUCUGUGAAAGGCGAAUCAGAGACCAAGGAAGAGGAAGAUAGACUUCGGAAAUCCCUGGACAGGUUCUAUGAAAUGUUUGGCCAUCCAAAGUCAGGCUCCGGGAAUACACUCUCUACAUCUGUCUGCCAGUGCCUGUCUCAGAAAAUCACUGAACUAAGGGACCAGGAGAGCCAAAAGUAUGCCCUCCGUAGUUUUCAAAUGGCCCGGGUCAUCUUCAACCGGGAUGGCUGCUCCAUCUUACAGAGGCAUUCCAGGAACACCCACUUCUACCCACUGGGGGAAGGAAGUAUGUCUCUGGAUGAUGAAAAGCCAACUCCAGGGCUUUCAAAAGAUAUUGUUCAUUUUCUCUUGCAGCAGAAUGUGAUGAAAGACCCAUAACUGGUGCGUCAUGUUGAAAGCAGUCAGAAUUGGAGGUGUAGUGCUGUGGCCUGCACUGUUGGUGGGCUCCCCAGACCUGCUCUGGUCUCUAACCAGUUCUGUGUACCUAACCCUCAGCUAAGUGCUUUGCAGUUAAAGGCUGGCAUCUAUCACCUGGCAUGGCAGCCAGUCAGCCCAUAUGGAGAGCCAGCAGGCCUGAGAAUUUUCUAUUGCCAUAGUCACCCUACCCCUUGGGCAAGGCCAUUGACUGACAAGUUAGGAGUCAAAAGACCAGCUUCCCUCAAGGAAGGACAUGCUCCAGAGCUCCAUCCCCUUGGGAUCAGGUUGAGGCUGGGACUUCACAUGAAAUCACACCCUUACUCGGUUUUGUCCCUUCCCCCAUCCUCCUUCUCCCAUUCACUUACUGGUGUCUCUGGGGGCCUUUCCUUAAUAAACCUCUUAUAUCUGAA